AUGUUGACCAACCUCGGAUACACCAUCGACAAGCAGAGCGAGCGUAUCGUCGCCCCCCUGCCCAUGUCAGCCGUCUACAACAAGCCCCAGUUCGUUUCACAGUUUGUCUCGCUUCACAGGGACAGCACCCAACCGACACUUGUCACCCAACUCCUCACCACCGCCCUGCCCAACGUCUUUGCAGAGUAUUGGAUCCUCUAUGACGACAACAACCGCCCUAUUGCCUGUGCGGGUGCCAACACAGUCAUGUCCGACUCUUCAGUCGGCUAUGUGGGCCUUUUUGAGGCCAGGAACGAGAAGGCAGGAACCAUUGUUCUCAAGGCUGCGACCGAGUGGCUGAGACAUGCUGGUGUGCGCCAGAUCCUUGGACCUGUCAACUUGACCACCUGGCUUCAGUACCGCCUUCGUGUCGACACUGAUGAGGCGCCCUCCAUGUCCUUCGAGCCAAGUCACCCAGAGUUCUACCAGGCUUGCUUUGCACAGGCUGGGUUCGUCAAGGCUGUCGACUACUACUCGACGUUCUUCCACAUCGACAACAUCAUCGACGGAUACACCAACUAUACCCGCGGAGAGACCCUCGACAGCAUCCACCUCGGCAUCCAAUUCUGGAACACCCUCGACUUUGCAUCCUCCCUCAGCCCCGAGCGACACCCCAACCUCACACCACAGGACAAUGUCGCCAAACGCAUCUACGACCUCUCGAUCGAACUUUUCCGAGGAAAGGAGCUCUUUGACGAGGGAUUCACACGCCAAAAUCAUCGCCAGAUCGUCCUCAACGAUAUGAUCUCCCGUCCUCAAGUGGACAACUCCUCUCUCCUCGAUCUUUCUUCAUUCGUCGUUGACCCCCAGAACGGAGAGGAUGUUGGAUACAUGGCAUGCUGGGUCGAGGACAAUGAUACCCUUGUUCUCAAGACUGUUGGGUUUGUACCACGGGUCAGAAAAUCCAAGGUGUUUGCCUUUGCGCUGGUGGAGACGAUGAAGCGUGCACGCGAUGUCUGGGGAUGCACCAAGGUCGCCUGUGCCCUCAUGAACGAGAACUCGGCAGCGAUCUCUGAACGCGUCGGAGGAAAGAGUGUUCGUCAUGUCUACCGCCUCUACAUUCACCGCCCCGCACCACCAGUUAUGCACUCUGAACAGAGUCAACAACAUCAACAAGCACAAGCUGCCGAGACGCAUACUCUCCCCGAAGUAUCACUCAAGUCUACAGAGAGCAGUAGCAGCAACAGUACCACACAUCCUGCAUCGACAUCAUCACCACUCAAUGCUGAGUCCCUGCGGAAAGAACAGGAUAUACGCCUACAGAUGUACUGGAACCAGCAACGCCAAAAGAUGCUUGCCCUUCGCUCUCGUGGCCGUGCCAUGGCCCGCCUCUAA